CUAAAUUUGAAUUCUUUCUCGUUGGCUAUGGCGUCGCAUGGCAAUGCGGCUAAUCGUGUCGCCCUCGCGUCGAUUCUUCUCGCCUUCUGCGUCGCCGGAUUUGGAAUCCCCACUCCAACGCCGUGGCCGGAGCAAUUCCACGCGCUGCUCUUCCAGAAUUCGAGCGGCAAGCUCUCCACGAUCGACCUGUGGUAUGAUUUCCCGAAUGGCAGGAACUUCAAUAUCAUCCACUCGCAGCUGGGAUCCACGCUGUACGAUCUCGAGUGGACAAAUGGUACCUCUUUCUACUACGAUCUCGACGCCGGCAGCUGCAAGACGAUGCAUUUCCCAGUGGGGAUUUUGUCACCAGAUUGGCUGGUGAGCAAUUCCACCUACAUUGGUGUGGAGAAAGUGGGAGGAUUCACUUGCAAUGUCUGGUCCAAGGCCGACGGUUUCAUCGUCUACUACGAGGAUGUGGAGACGAAGAGGCCUGUGCACUGGCUCUUCUUCACAGGGAUGUCACAGUAUGUCAUGACUUUCGAGCCAGGCAAGGUGCUCGAGGACGAAGCCUGGCAAGCUCCAUGGUACUGCUUUGAUAGCGAAGAUAACGAGAGUUUCCAAGAAAAUGGAGGUGAUCUAAAGGUACCAAAUGAGCUCUGGAGCGUUCUCAAGCACACGACACUCUUGGAUAUGGCGGAAAGAUCUCGUAUGUGACAAACUUUAUUUCAAGGUGAACACUAUCGAAUUUGUUUU